AUGGUCGUCCGCGGUAUCGGCCAAACCCUCUCGUCCGUCCGGGGCGUCAAGGUAGAACUCGAGCCUACUUCAACGGAAGAGUCCCUGAGAAGGAACGAUCUCCGGGUCUGGGGUUCAGACGGCUCUGGUCUGGCCACCUCGGAACACGACAUCAAAGUCUACUCCAUCUUCAGCGAAUCCGCCCUCUCCUCCUUCGGCAAAGAUCCCCAACACCCAGUCUCAUCCACCCCUACAACACCGAUCUGGGACCAGAUUGCGGCGCAGAUGGACAGAUACCUCAGGGCGGUGGCACCGAAGACGAGGGAGAAUGCUCCGAGCGGGAUUGGGAAAUUUUCGGCGGUCGUGAUGACAAGCGGGGGGUUCAUGGAGAAGGACACAAAGAAGCAGAUGGAUGCAUGGGAGGAGGGGGUGAAAGACUGGGAGUGGGCGGCGUUAUUACGGGGGCUAUCACUGGGGUUCACGGUAUGCUUCACUAUCGGAGCGGAGCCCGUAGUCAAGCCAGUCGAGCAGGUGUUCCAGACACCGCAAGGCUCUCGGACAGUACCGUAUACUGACAAGCCGUCACUCUUGCGCACGCACCUUCACGACCCCGCCGCGACCCUCAAGCACCUGUUGGAGGUGGUUGAUGACUUCCAUAUGCCAAAGAACAAGUUUCUGCCGCUACCGCUGCUCAGGAAGGCUGUUUGGUCGCUACUUCUGCCGAAGAUCAGAGGCCGACUUCAGUACCAGCCCCUCAUGCCCGCCGCCGCCAAACAGAUCGACGAAGCUAUAGCGAGGAAGGUUUUCAAUGCGGUCGAUUGUCGAUACGUCAAGGCGCCCCUGCUCUCCAUGCCGCUCAGCCAUCACGGAUUUGGCUUUCCAUCUAUUGACGCUAUCAACGGCGAGCUAGCUGUUACAUCCCUGAUCCGGGGUCUCAAUCACCACAUGCCAAGCUUCAGAAGGAUGGCAAUGAUCACUCUCGCCAAUGCUAGCUGCGUGUCAGGCUCAUGCACUAGUCCGCUGGAAAAUACCAAGCUGGCGAGACCGCUGGAAGGGGUGGUACCGCAAGAAUGGAUAGCAGGGAGACAGUACCUGCUCGAGCAGGACAUGAAGUUGGUAGAUACGGACAGGUCGAACUGGAAGUCAUUCAGCGCCCAGCACGUCUUGUGCCAGGUCAAAGCGCUCAAGCAGAAGCGCGUCCCCGUAGAAGCAGCUCGGAUCAUGAACGCCACCUCAUCACCGCUCGCGACAGAGGACUGCACCUGGAGUCAGUACAAAACUCGAGCAUCGCAGGUCUUGCGGGACACUACGCAGCCAGUCAACAUCAGAGCCGCAGCGAGAGAUAUCUGGAAGCUCACAGGGACCAUCGAGCUGCCGGGCAUGCUGACUGUAACGGACUCGGACAGCUUCGUCUCUAAAGUCACGCGCCGCGCAGUCUACAACCGGAUGAUCUUGUUCAACCCUCCCAACACCGCUCCCAUCAUGCCAGUCGAGGGAAGACAGACCUGGGCGAUUGACGGGAGUCACAAGGAAGUCAUGUUUGGCAUCCCCUCCACGACAGCUGCGGUCGUAGGCCCAGUGACAAGGACGUUCAAGCUCAAUGAACAGCACGCCACAUCCCUCCACGGAGAGCUCCUUGCUCAGGUCGCAGUGCAUGUCAUCAGUAAAGCUAUGAACAUAGAGGACGGCUUGGUCCUCACUGAUCACAAAGGGGGAAUGAACAUAGUAAGACAGAGUCAGGACCCAAGCGUCAGGCAGCCAGGUGGCAAGUACUUUCCAGGCCAUGAAGUGCGCAACUGGCUUAUAGCCGAGUCCAAGUCUGCAAAGCUCGAUGUCCAGCAUGUCAAGGCCCAUACAGGAGCAGAAGAUGAGCACUCCAAGCUCAAUGAGCGUGCGGACGAGGAAGCUAAAGGUGCGCACUCUGGACUCAAGUCGACGGUGCUGCCCCCUCUCACUGGAUGGAUGAGGCGCUUUGUACCGCAUAAGAAAGGUACCGGGUACGUUCCAGACAACUGGAAAGGUAGCUUCCACGCUGGCGUGGCUCGGUCGGUCCUGCGUCAGCAGACCGUCCAGGUCCCGGGACGGCUUAACCGUCACGGCCGCCACGGCCAGGAACCGGUUGCUGAUUACUUCUACACCAAGGCGCCAACAGGACCGACCUCGAAAGCACAGCUUAUCCUCCGCUCAGGUAUGUUCUAUUCGGGCGAUCUGAGACACAAGAUGGUCCCGUCCAUGCCCCGCGGCUGCAAAUGCGGUGCACCUAUUGACGAUACUCACCAUGUCUUUGUGGAAUGCCCUCGAUUCGAUUUGGUAAGGGAACAGGAGGAUCGCCGGUUCCGGCGCCUCCUACUCACUCGGCGCGGGCGGCCAAGCCCCCGCGACGGAGUACCCCCACCAAUACCACUAACGAAUACAGAGCUAAGCACUGCCAUCUCUCCUUAUAUUGACACUAUCUUACGCGGAUCGAAUGCUGAACCCUCUAGAUACUAUUAUGGAUGUGUACCUCCUCCCCCUCUACCCCUCGAUCCCGCCAUCCACCGCAGCGCUCACAACUUCGCCAUCGUACUCACCAGUCGUAUCCUCGGCAUCUACCUCCGAGAGCGAGAGACGGAAGACGGGAGAAGGACAUACAGUAAGAAGCGCAAGGCAGAUGACGCAGGAGGGAUGGAUAAGAGGAGGAAGACGGCGCAUGAUACGGGAAGAUCAGAGAAGAGGAAGCGGAGUGAGCAGGAAGGAAUGCAGGGACAGAAGCGGAUGAGGCGGUAA